AUUAACGAGGAGUAACGAUAAAUAACGAUGCUCUCAUCUCCUCAGGACAUCAUGGAGGCUCCAGAUGGAGUUCGGAGUCGACCAGCCGCCCACUCCAUUUACACAGGUUUGGGCGACGAGGAUGGCGAGGAGAACGUGGAGGAGCUGAGAGAGAGACUGAGACAAAUGAAGGCGAUGGUCAACGAACGUGCCGCUACCAAGAAAUCCGGUACGUGUCGUGGUAUAGAUGAAGGCUUCCUGAGCGUGGUGUUCGCAUGCAUCUUGGUAGUGAUUGCUGGGGUGACGCUCUAUGCCUUCGUUGUCCUAUACGCUGCCGUGCAUAGACGUUGGACUGAGAAUCCGGAUGACUGAACAACUCCUCCCCCUCAUUCUUUUCUCAGUCGACGCUACAUCUACAAAAUCACUCCCUUAAUUUUAUAUUUAUAUCUCUUUUAGGGUUUAUGUGGAAACUGUACACGUGGCUUAUGUUGGACUUAUACCUGUGUCUGUAUACAACGAUUCUAUCUAACCAAUUUAUUGUCUUUUCCCAAUGGGUGCUUUUGGUUCCUGUUGAUAGUGUUGGUAAAGCGCUCGCACACACACACACACACACACACACAAUUUACCUUGCUAUUGCCCCGCCAUUAAUCACAAGUCUACCACUCUCAUACGAGGCACAAGUUAGUGUCUCCUCUGGCGGUUGUGUCAUAGCCAGUAGGCUUUUCUGACAUCAUCAAAGAUAUUUUAAGGAUGAAAUCAGUCAACACUGAGUUUUCCUAUGUCCAAGUUUUAACCGACACAGGGGAAGCUUAUCUCUGUCACUUUCUUCAUAAUAUAUUACAGUACAAGAUCCAUUAAGGCUUUGUGAGUGACUGUGUUUACCGGGAAAAGUAUCGGCUUUUACGACGAUAAUGUCUGGUGUUGUUAUAAUGACAUGAAGUCGAUCACUCAGUAUUUGACUCAACAGUUCCUACUACAAAUGACUUAGACCACGAGUUGGGGAAGGCCAGCUGGAGUAGACCAGCUAGGGAAGGCCAGCUAGGGAAGGCCAACUAGAAAAGGCCAAUUAGGGAAGGCCAGCUAAGGAAAACCAACUAGCUCAUCAUCCAAACAAUGGUCUAAGUUAAAUCUUCGCCAGUUAACUUUAAGCUAUUUACCAGGACAAUGACCUCAUUCUUAUUGGAGAUUUUUAAUUUUAGGAUCUAAUUUAAAACUAGAUGAUAACUACAGAGAUUUUGUAAUACAUUUCUUAUAUGAAGGCAGACGCUACUGACAGACUUACUUACCUUGAUAUAUACUCACAUCCGCACAGCAACCUUCUUCUAGUUAAAGAAUGCUAGCCAUAAGUAGGCAGAUCAAUCAGAUAAUUACUUGUCCAGAAUCAAGUUUCGUGCGGAGGAGUUUGUUUGUGCGGCUGGUGUGAGGACGUUUCUUACCGUGGAAGAACUGGUAGAUGGUGACAGCUGUGUUACGUUCACAUGUGUUGCUGUAUCACAAACAAUCAAAAGUGCAACUAAUCUUCCACCAAAUAUGAUUAAAUGUAGUUACUUAAUGAUCAAGCUGUCAAUGUGCUGGGAAGUUUUAUCGCAAUACGUCUUUUAACACCUUGACUGAAGAUGAAGAAAUAAGGCAAAUAUGUAAAAGUGUAAUUGUGUUUACUCUAGGUUCACGCCUGACAGUCACCCAACCCUCGCCACGGUUCAUCAAUAUAUUGAAAAUUAACUCCGGUUUUUGAGUCAGUUCUUUAUUCAUUCAUAUACUGUAUACAGUAUAUACAGCUAAGGUAGGUGCUGUUGACGUCACAACUGGUAUAUUACGUCACAACGAGAUGUAAGACGUCAUUAUUCUCAGUAAGUUAAGGUGCCUUCCUGGUCUUGAUACAUCGGUGUCAUUUUAGUUGUUUGCUAUAUAGAGAUGAUUACUGUAGCUUUUGUAUACACGACUCUACACUGUAAAUUUAAAUCCCCCAGGAUGACACAUAUUAGUUAUUGAUGCUUUCAUGAAGUCUUUAUUAUAUUUGAAAUAGUUUCUGUUGCAGAGCUCAGCUACCUAACAGUUUAAUACAUAAUACUGUGGCUCAGGUUAUUAGAGAGGACAAAUAAUCACCGUGGAAAAACUGCAUGAACCGUUGUGAAGUUUGUGACGGCGGGUGGGUGUGUUUCCUCAGGAGAGGACCAUCACUAAUACAACUCUGUUUCUUCAUAUUCAGUCUAGAUAAUCUCAUUAAUUUAUUUUAUAAUCCAUGUGAAGAUCAAACUCCCGGCACCUGUGACAUGUGAUCACUGUAGGAGAGAGCUCACGCCAGCCAUAAACUUUUUGUACCAUGACAGUAUUGUGUACACUCCAGCUGGUGUGUUUACAACUAUAAUGAACACAGAAAGUUGGGCGACUGAAUAGAAAUAUUUUAUUUUUACUCUGUGAAACCUGAAGUGCAUUUGUGUGCCCUUCUGUAAGGCUGUGUGGCCAGGGGACAGCUGAACACCCUCUGUUGAUACACUGGCCAGUAAGCUCAAACUUCCCCGGCCAAUAAAUUGGUACAUUAUUUCUA